CUACGACCUCACCUAAGGUUCUUACUCCCCGAGCCAUACACGGAGCCAGAGCGUGCCCCGACGCAAAGUCGAGCUAUUUGACAGCGAUUAGCAGAGUCACCAAAGAAUCACCAACAUCUGGCUGUACGCCACGAGCCGACCCCGCUGCCGACUGCCAACUGCCGGCUUGCGCGGCGGCGGCGCAUCAACAACACUCUGGUGUCAACAUCACGAGUCCCGUGCUCGUAACAACGUGAGGUACACGCUUCACACAGCAUACCGAUCGUCUCGCCUCUGGGACUCAUAUCGCGCCGAACACUGGGUGUGAGCCAUGGCAGACCAAAGUUCUGACGCACCUCCGGAUGUGGUAUUUCGAGCGAACAAGCGAAGAAAGAUGAUCAGAAAGCGCAACCUGGAUGACCUGGACGAAGCAGCACGAAUCGAGCCUCAGGACACCGGAGUCGAUGUCAGCGAGGACAACUCCAAGGGACUCUUGUCAACCGUCAAAAGGCCUGCCAUGAGAAAGCAUGGCAUCGGAUUCUCCACAACGGGCAGUCAGCAGCAAGGGCCGGACGCCACCACCGUCGUGGAGACUGCCCUGGUGCCCACGCAAAACAAUGAGGAGGAGCCAUCACCUCAUGAUCGAUUCACAAAGCCAACGGAAAAGGCUGCGGUGGUAGUGGAAGAUCGACAUUUAGUCGAAACUGGCUGAGCUCCGCUAUACCGCGUCGAUUCCCACCACGACACAAACUGGUAUCGACGACGACGUCGACGACACAAUCGCGCAGUCGAGUUCGAGUAGCGCACCGGUGGUCAAAGAAACUCUCGCCAACAACCUCCCCUACAACGACAAGUCCAGACCAAACACCAGACGAGGAACCAACAAGCCGCCUCGUCGCCAGCGCCAAAAGGAUCCCGGCGAGUUAGCUCGAGAGGCCAUGGUCGACGAGAUUCUCGGUGAAAGUAAAAGUCACGUGCCAAUGUACGCGCACAGCACCGUCAAGAACCACUUGGUUCCCAACGAACCUGGCGUCGACAACGACGAAGCCGUCGCAGCAGCAUUCAAGGCCGAGUUCCUGGCUCAAGUGGGCGAGCGAGCCCGGCGAGGACCUCGCAUACCACCCAGCACGAAAGGCGAGAAGCCGGCAUCGAGCGGACCGAAGCUCGGUGGUAGUAGGGCUCAGAGGGUGAAGAUGAGGAAGGCGCAGCAGGCGGCGAGGGAGGCUGCGGGUGAGACUAUAGUGAGGAAGAAGAAGAAGUGAACCUUGGCAUUGGUGCGGGUGGUUGGGGUGGGGGCGCAUAGGCAGUUUGUCGGAGUAUGGCGCACUCUACAAGUUUCUGUAUCCAUGUAGUCUAUGGAGAUUGAUCCACUUGGGUCUAACAUUGCAAU